GAAAAACACAAAAAAAAAGAAGAAGCAAGAGUCAAAAUGAAACCUUCCUGAACGAGGUUGUCAAAGUCAAAAUAACAACAGUUAGAUUAUUCCUUCCUUUCAAAAGAAUAAUGUUUUCUUCCCUCCCAAAAUCCAGCUGUUUUUUGAACGGGUCCUCUCAAAUCAUCAAACGGCUAAACCCAAAUUUUUGUCAACGGUAAAAAGGGCAAUCCAAGUUCGGCAGACAUGCUCAUAAUUAUUGAACAUUGUUGUCCCAAUCCCAAUGUAAUUUCACUUGUCCGAAAAUCCCCAAUAAUUAUUAAUAAUUAAUAAUAUGGAUGGCCGUCUUAGAUUUGUCAAAAAAGAAAUGACAAAUUUUAGCUAAAUACGGAUAGAGGGAUCUCAAUCAAUCGCGCCAUAGAUUAUAUGGUUUGUGCAAAAGAGAAAGAGAAAAAAGGGAAACAAAAGUGGAAGGCAGUUAUAGAAAGAGAAAGGGUCUUAAGUUUCGGGGUUAUUAGGGGGUCUGCAAAAUUAUGCUGGAGAUUCGGUGCAUUGUUCAAACUCUUUGAUGGUAUACCAGCCUUCUGGUCUGCUCUGUACAGGUAUUGAUCUGAAGGCUGGUGCCGGAAUUUGUAAAGCACCCAUUCCUUCUUAUUGAUAAAGCCUGGCUUUACUUUCCCUUCUUGAACUUUUUUGGGGGAGUCUCAAGAUAAAGAAGGGAAAGGAAGCAUUCUACAUUGUGGUUAAAUUGGAAUUUUAUUUUAUUUUUAGACAAUUUUGUUGUUUGAUCUCAAAGAGACAAAUAUUAGGAUAUCAUCAUGAGUGUUGUUUCGGGUGUAAUCUCAAGGCAAGUAUUGCCAGCAUGUGGCAGCCUUUGUUUCUUUUGCCCUGCAAUGAGGGCGAGGUCUAGGCAGCCCGUCAAAAGGUACAAGAAGUUGAUUGCUGAUAUCUUCCCUCGAUCCCAGGAAGAAGAACCAAAUGAACGGAAGAUGGGAAAAUUAUGUGAAUAUGCUGCCAAAAACCCAUUGCGCAUCCCAAAGAUCACCACUUCGCUUGAGCAAAGGUGUUACAAGGAAAUAAGAAAUGAGAACUUUCAAUCUGCUAAAGUUGUUAUGUGUAUCUACCGGAAGUUGUUAAUUUCCUGCAAGGAGCAAAUGCCUCUUUUCGCUAAUAGUUUAUUAAGCAUAAUUCACACCCUGCUUGAGCAAACCCGACAGGAUGAUGUAUUAACCAUAGGAUGCCAGUCUCUCUUUGAUUUUGUAAAUAACCAGAAAGAUGGAACAUACAUGUUUAACUUAGAAGGUUUCAUUCCUAAACUCUGUCAAUUUGCUCAAGAAGUGGGAGAAGAUGAGAGAGCAAAUUAUCUUCGUGCAGCUGGUCUUCAGUCACUCUCAGCCUUGGUUUGGUUCAUGGGUGAAUAUUGCCAUAUUUCAUCUGAGUUUGACAAUAUUGUUUCAGUAGUCUUGGAAAAUUAUAAAAGUUCAACUAGGAACUCUGAGGAUCCUGACCAGAAUCAUUGGGUACAAGAAGUACGUAAGGGCGAGGGCCAUGUUGCUGCACCUUCAACAGAAGUACUAACUAAGGUUCCAUCUUGGCGGACAAUUGUCAAUGACAAAGGCGAAGCAAAUGUUGCAAUGGAUGAUGCUCGGGAUCCCUGCUUCUGGUCCAGGGUCUGCUUACACAACAUGGCCAAGAUAGGCAAGGAAGCUACGACCAUGAGACGGGUUCUUGAGUCUCUAUUCCGUUAUUUUGAUAAUGGAAAUCAGUGGCAGUCUGAAAAUGGUAUUGCUUUUCCUGUAUUGAGGGACAUUCAGCUGAUAAUGGAUAGUUCAGGGCAGAAUACACAUUUUCUACUGUCAACAUUAGUCAAGCACCUUGAUCAUAAAAAUGUUCUCAAGCAACCUGAUAUGCAGCUUGACAUUGUUAGGGUUAUCGCCUCCCUUGCUAGAGACACGAAGACUCUGAGUUCGGUUGCUAUUAUUGGAGCAGUAACUGAUAUAAUGAGGCAUCUUAGAAAGAGUAUACAUUAUUCACUUGAUGAUGCAAAUUUGGGGACUGACAUGAUUAAAUGGAACAGAGAUUUUAGCCAGGCUGUCGAUGAGUGCCUUGUGGAGUUAUCAUGCAAGGUUGGCGAUGCAGGUCGGAUCCUUGAUGCCAUGUCUGUCAUGUUAGAAAACAUCUCAAACAUUACGGUUAUUGCGAGAACCACAAUUGCUGCUGUUUUUCGUACUGCUCAAAUUAUUGCUUCAUUGCCGAACUUGUCAUAUCAGAAUAAAGCAUUUCCGGAGUCCCUGUUUCAUCAGUUACUCCCAGCCAUGGUUCAUCCAGAUCAUGAAACACGAGUUGGAGCUCACCGUGUAUUCUCAGUUGUGCUUGUUCCAUCUUCGGUUUGCCCAUAUACAGGUGCUGCUGAGUUGAAGAAGCCUAACGAUCUUCAGCGUACACUUUCAAGAACUGUUUCUGUGUUUUCAUCAUCAGCAGCUCUUUUUGAUAAGCUGAAGAACAAAACUUCUCCCCGAGAUAAUGUAAACCAGGACAUCAAGGAGAAGCCUAGUGGUCAGGAGGAACAAAGAAAUGUCAAUGAAGGAGUGCUUAGCAGAAUCAAAUCAACCUAUAGCAGAGUCUAUAGCUUUAAAAGCCCACCUCCAACAGAAACAGAUUUGGCAAACAAAACAGUAACGGAUCCAAUUUCUCUUCGGUUGAGUAGUCAUCAGAUUACUCAGUUACUAUCAUCAAUCUGGGCACAGGCCAUAUCUCCUGAAAAUAUGCCUGAAAACUAUGAAGCGAUUGCUCACACUUACAGCCUAGUUCUGUUGUUCUCUCGAUCCAAGAAUUCUUCUUUGGAGGCUCUAGCUCAAAGUUUUAAACUUGCGUUCUCAUUACGGGACUUCUCUCUCACUGAAGGAGGUCCAGUGCAACCAUCACGUCGGAGAUCCCUCUUUGUUUUGGCAACUUCUAUGAUUAUUUUUUCUGCAAAGGCAUACAGCAUUCUUCCUCUUAUUCCAUGUGUCAAGACUGCAUUUUCUAAGAAAGUGAUUGAUCCAUUUCUAUCACUAGUUGAAGAUUCCAAGUUAGAGGCCAUUGAUGUGGGAUCAAGAAAUGGAAAAGUUGUUUAUGGAUCAAAAGAGGAUGAUAAUUGUGCUUUGAAAUGUCUCUCGGAGAUAGAAAUCACCAAGGAUCAGACAAGGGAACACAUGGUUUCUCUUAUCAUGAAGAGCUUGGAGAACUUAGCUAAUAGUGAAUCUAACCGUAUUAAGGAGCAGUUGCUAAAUCGUUUUACCCCUGAUGGAGUGUGUAAUCUCGGAGCCCAGUUUUUCUCUGAUGCUCCGGAAAAGGAGCAUAGCUCUCAUCAUAAUGAUGAUAAGGCUCAAGGAGAGGCUGGCCCAAUUUUCUCGAUAGACGAUGAUUCUCUUCCUGAUCAAUUUGAGAGCAGUUUAAAACCAAAUCCUCAAUUGGCUAUUGAUAUUCCUGACCUAUUGAGUGUAAAUCAACUUCUAGAAUCUGUGUUGGAAACAGCACACCAAGUAGGAAGAUUAUCUGUGAGCACAACCGACGUGUCAUAUAAGGAAAUGGCCCAUCAGUGUGAGGCACUUUUGAUUGGAAAGCAGCAGAAAAUGUCAUAUUUAAUGAACACGCAUGGCCAACAGAGACAGGAAAGCUUGUUGAUCAGAGUUUCUCAGCGAUCUGAUGACAGUGAUAAAGGAACGGUUGCGCAAGUACACACUGAUAUAAGUUUCCAAGUGGUUGGAAAUCCGUUCUUGGAACAAGAUACACAUGCAGUUGCAAGCAAACCAUCUCCAGCGGUGCCCAUGUUGUGUGCAGCUGAGUACAAACAUCAGCCCCAAUCCUUCAGGCUGCCAGCAUCAAGCCCGUAUGACAACUUUUUGAAAGCUGCGGGAUGUUAAUAUGACGAAAAAGGUCUUCAUCGCACAUUUCUUAUGAGCCAAAAAGAUGUCGGUGCCAUUCCAAAGAAGUGGCUGAAUAGCAUGUUAAUAACAUGCCUUGUGGUGAAGCCCUUCUCUGCUGCUUCAGAGGUGCAUUAUGUACAGCGCUCGGCACAACACUGCAGCCGCUUGGAAUUGCUUGAUUGAGCUUUGAUUUUGCCUUGCAUUCUUUCAUUCUUUUUCGAUCUUCUUGUGUAACAUAGAAAUGUACAGUAUUCAGAGGCAUUAAGAAGCAAAGAUUCACGGAAUACAUAUCUAAGACAGGCAACACUGACCUUCGUCGCGUCGGCCCUUGGCAUUUGUAUCAGCAUUGUUAACUUUGUGGUUGUAUUAUGAUCUUCAUUCAGAUCUGUAGUUGAAGUAUGGUAAUCUACUCACUACCCAUCUGACAUUGUUGGGCUAGAUUAUGACCUUUUUGUAAUUAUACAUCUUGAAAAGAACUGUGUAUAUGAGAUGAGAUGUUACAUUGGUUUUACUUUCUUUCACCUCCUGCCUCUUCAAUUUAUUUGCUUGUAAUGGACAAAAAUUAGUGAAAUACUCCAAAUAG